CUAGGUGGGCCGACAUGGUCAGUGAACCUUGGUCGAAGGGAUGCUACAACAGCGAGCCAAAGUACAGCCAAUAGUGAUCUCCCAGGCUCAUCAUCCUCUCUCGCCUCACUCAUCUCAAAAUUUUCUGCCAAGGGUCUCAGCGCCCGCGACAUGACUGCCCUCUCAGGUGCCCACACAAUCGGCCAAGCCCAAUGCCAAUUCUUUCGCUCUCGUGUCUACAAUGACACCAAUAUCAACACCAACUUCGCCACUCUUAGACAAGCAAAUUGCCCCUCCUCAGGUGGAGACAGCAAUCUAGCCCCACUCGACAUACAGAGCCCAAACCGAUUCGGAUCCGAUUAUUUCCAGAACUUGGUAGGAUUACGAGGGCUAUUACAUUCGGAUCAGGAGCUCUUCAAUAAUGGGACUCAGGAUGCCUUGGUCAGACAAUACAGUAUAAAUUCGGACCUUUUCUUCAAUGAUUUUACUGCUGCUAUGGUGAGAAUGGGAAAUAUUAGUCCUUUGACUGGAACUAGUGGGGAGAUUCGUUUGAAUUGUAGGAAGGUGAACUCGUGAAUUAUUCGAUGUGGUUUGAUGUAAUGCUUCAAGUAAAGCAGAUUAAUUAUUAGUUAAUUAAGUUUAGGUUCUUGAUUACGCAUUAGAUUUAAUUUUUGUGUGCACGUUUUCUAAGUUUGUUGAGCUUAAGUUUUUGGAUCAGGUUUACGUGAACAAAUAAUUCUGGGAAUGAACAAUGCAUGGGUCUUUGUCUUGAUGUUAGAUGCCAGCUUUACUUUGCCCGACAAU